CACACUUAUGACAAAUAUGUAAAUUCCAUAAUGUGUGGAGGUAAGUCAACAUCAGGCAAAAUAAAAGGCAAAUCGGCAAUUGCAUACUUCCUUCGUAAACAUUUAUUGAAAAUCUGUUUCGCCAUUGGUAUAUUCGAUUUGGCGCAUGCGCUUUAUUUUGUGAUACAAGCGACCAUUUCGCUGGUCUUGAGAUUCGAUAUAUACUCAACCUUGGCGGUAUUAGGUACAAUAUUUUGGGUGCUGAUUGUCAUACUGCUAAUUGUGGGUCUGUGGAAGCGACGUCCCUUGUUAGUUAAGGCUUGGCUUGUCUUCUCAAUAGGUGGCUUUAUUACGGACAUAGGAUUCUUAAUAUGGGGAAUUGCGUCUUCUAUAAAAGUCAAUUGGGAUCGCUUACAACGGUUUACAAUUAUUUUUGUCGGAAUUUUUAUUGAAAGCCUUUGUAUAUAUAUUGUACAUUGUUUCUAUAUAAGAAUGGAUCCAUGUCGACUUGUGGACGUGCCCGAUAAAAGUGACCAGAGAAAAAAAAGGAAAAAGAAGGUGGAUGCAAAGGCUUGCAAAGCGGAUAAAAGCAAGAAUAAGAGCAAUAAAAGCAGUACGAAGUCCGACAAGAAAAAUAAGAAAAAACAAGGAAAAAAAUAAUUGGUAUUCGCUUUUAGUACUUUGAGUGUCAAAAAUAUAUUAUCAAUUUAUUUUUGUCAUAGUAGGCUACGAGUC